AUAAAUAAAAUUCAGUGACCAAAUUAAAAUUUUAGAAAAAUUAGACGGGAAUCGGGAUCAAUAAGGAAAUUUACUCCGAUAUAAAAGUAAAAUACUAUUGAAAAAAAAGGACUGCUUUAUUACUGCUGUCGCCGACUGCACUGAGGGGAAAGGUGAGGAGAAACAGGUCACAAGCACACAUAUAAAUACGGUUAUUAGAGCAAGAGGCGGAAGAUUAAAGUCGGGGAUAACGACGCAAAGGAGGACGGACAUUAAGGUUGCUCUUGGCUAGGGUUUUUCCUUUUUUCUAAUAGUAAAAAUUAAAGCAAAUUAUCCUCACUCUCUGCCUCUUCUGAAAUCGUUUUGUUAUUAUGGUAGAAGCCACUGAAAUCGAGAACCUUGAAUUUAAGUGGGGUAAAAAAAGAGGAAUUGGUGGGAAAAAGAAAGAUGUUCAGUUUUAUGAAUCGUUUACUUAUGAUGGCCUCGACUACACUCUUUAUGACAAUGUUUAUCUUCACAAGGAAGGCGAGCCAUUGCCUUAUCUGGGGAAACUUAUAAAAAUAUGGGAGAAUCCCGAUAAAUCCAAGAAAGUGAAGGUUUUAUGGUUUUUCCAACCUUUUGAGAUCUCGAAUUAUCUUGUAGUUGAAUUGACACAUCCGAAUGAAGUAUUUUUGGCAUCUGGUGAAGGAGUAGGCCUUGCCAACGUUAAUCCCUUGGAAGCAAUUGCUGGAAAAUGCAAUGUAGUUUGCAUUUCAAAAGAUAGCAGAAAUCCACAACCUUCAGAUGAAGAGCUCCAAAUGGCCGACUUUGUUUAUUACCGUACUUUUGAUGUUGGACAACACAUUAUCUUGGAUAAAAUAGAUGACAAAGUUGCUGGAAUUGAUGUUAAAUUUAUUUUUAACCAAGUGGGUUCUCUGAAGCCCUGUUCUGUUCAUAACUUUAGUGCGGAUGAUAAACAUGCUAGUGAAAAUGCUAUGGAAACAAAUGAAAGGGCGGUUUUGUCCAAGCUAAACUCAUCUGAGAAUCAUAUUGCUGAAGAUGAUAGACAAGAGGAGCAGAAACUUGUGGUUGUGGAGAAGCUUGCUGCCAAUGAUGGACAAGAGAAUGGCUUUAACUGCAAAAUUGCUUCAAAUGUUAAAGUUGAAGAGAAUUCAGAUGUAAAAGUGUCAUCAGUUAAACCGAAUUUCUCCCAGAGAGAGAAGCCUGUUUCUGGUGUAGUUACAAAGUCAGGUGAACUGGCCAGAAGCAAUGAUAGACUGGAAAAUACUUCUGGAGAUAAGAUAGGUUCAAUCCAUAAAGUUAAAGAAAAUGAAGACUUAAAAGGGUCAUUAAUUAAACAGGAAAACACCUCUGGUGAGAAGAUAGGUAGUGUAAGUAAGUCUUUUGUCAAUAAAGUCAAAGUUGAUGAAAAAUUAAAAUCAAUUAAGGAGUUAGGGGAGUUUGAUGAGAAGCCGCGUAAGAGAGCAAAGAUUGAUAGUUCUGUGAAAGUCUCCAAUGACAAGAACAAGAACAAGGUGCUUAAGCCAAACUGUGAUUCUGAUGGAAAUAAUUCAAAGUCCUUAGUGCCAAACAUUACUGCUUCUGAAGAUAAAUCAAGACGUGCUACAGAUCCUCUUUGGACAGCCAACAACUCUUCCAAGAAGCUGAAGAUUGAUGAUAAACUCACAAAACCUACUAAUUGCAAAUCUCCUGAGUGGCCUCCAAAUGAUGGUAUAAAAACUGGUGAUAAAGCACUGGAAGUUACUAGGAGGCCUGAUUCUGAUAGGAGCAAAUGGUUUGCAGAACUUCCUUGGGAAGAAAGAAUGCAGGAUGCACAUGAGCAUGGAACACUUGUCUUGUUUCAAAAUCUGGAUUCAGCUUACACUUCAGCGGAUGUGGAGGAUAUAGUUUGGAAUGUCUUCAAGGAAACUUGCAGAGCUAAGAUGGUGCAGCGGACUGCAUAUUCUAGCCAACAUUCUGGUCAGGCUUUUGCUAUAUUCAAAACAAGCGAAGUAGCAGAGGAGGUUAUUAGAAAAUUGGAUGAGGGAUGCUUGUUGCUACCAAAUCGGAGGCCACUUGUUGCCAGCAUGCCAAAUCCUUGCUUUCCAAGGAAGCAGUCAACUUUUGCAGGCCAUCUCGUUGUUGAUAAACUCAAAACCCAACGGGAGAUGAAAGAAGCGAUAUCUACUUCACAUUCUUCCCAGCCUAACACACUUGAAUAUGAUAUGGCGUUGGAAUGGUGCUUAAUGAUAGAAAGAUCCAAUCAGUUCUGGAAGAAGUUAUUCGAGCGACAAGGGAAAGAGAUCGUAAAGCUGAAGGCUAACUUUAAGUCCAGAUGAGCACUGAUAAUUUUGUUUUCCCCUAAUUUUGUGUGUUCCUUUUGAAUUAAAAGGAAGCCUUUAUCUGAAGCAAACCACCAAUGUGGAGUUUUUGUUCUGACCUCUGAUAUGAAGUGUUCAAGCUGGUGGAAACUUGAUUCUAGCUGUGUUUUCAGACGCACUAAGACUAGGUGAUGCUGAAACAGAUGGAAUAUGCAUAAUUAAGGCCUGAGCUCCGAGUCUUUUUAGGUAAUCAGGCAAAUUUUGGGAAGAGCAGAUGUAAUUAUGUUUGCGGUUCAGUUUUAGCGUGAUGCUUAAUUCCUUAUAUAGCAAUUUGUAUAAUCCAUUCGCAUUGCCCUCUUUUUGGCUAGGAGAGGUUUUACUAGCUCUAGUUAUGUUCCCACGCCACUUUUGACCUGCGUUUGGAAAUUCCAACAGACAUGCUGGGAUUAAACUAAAAUAUAAUGCUUACUCUUACAAGUUACGCCAAUUGAGUGGGAACCUUCGGAUUUAAUUAUCUGAUUUAUUCUUACUAAUAUCGACAGUUUCCAAAUGGUAGCUAUGGGGGUGUUGAGUGUCAACAAAUAGGAUUUUGAGUUUUUGCUCACUUGUAAUUAAAGGUGAUGGAGGGCGGAAGGGAUGUAGUUUUUAAUGAUAUUGGCAUGCAUCUGACGAAUUUACCCGUAUGCAUUCUGUACGUCGUUUACUUUUCAGUAGAAAGUCGACGGUUUUAAGGUUAUAUCUUGUUAUUGGCUUAUUUAUUUAAAUAUGCACUGACAAUGACUUGAUCUGCAAAGAAGAAAAUUAAGACAACAUUAGACCAUUUCAACGAAUAUUCUAUGAAAAAGAGAGCAAGCAAGUGUGCUCUAAGACGAUGACCGUGGCUUCAAGGCUCAAAAGUGAGCCUUUAUCUUUGAAAAGAAUGGUGUUGGGGAUAGAAUUUUCCAAUAUAGAUUCGCUUAUAAGUGGUAUAUAAGACAUCUGGCGAAUGGCAUCUUGUUGCAGAGUGCCCGGUACAUGUGUGUUUCU